AUGGAGGAUACAUGCAGUAAAAGACGCUUCAGAAUUGCAAUUGACGGGCCUGCUGGCGCUGGAAAGACUACACUCGCAGGAAUACUUGCCAAAACCCUUGGGUUUGAGCAUAUUAACACGGGGAUGAUCUACAGAGCGCUUUCCUAUGUGCUGCUAAACGAAUUUGCAGAUGCCUCAAAGGAGGAGCUAGAGCGCAUUCUAAGCAGCAAGAGUGCGCAGCUUACUGAAACAAUCCAGGGGUUUUCUCCAUUUAUAAUGAAAGACCAAGUGGUGGUGAACGGCGCUGAUAUAAUUGGAGAGCUCAGAACACCCAGGAUAGACUCAAUUGUGGGAAUAAUUUCAAAAUAUGAGAUAAUCCGGAGAAGGGUGAAAGUGAUACAGAAGAAUCUUAUAGAUGCCCAUCUGCAGGUUGUAGUGGAGGGAAGAGACAUUGGAUCCGAAAUCAUUCCUGAUGCAGAGCUGAAAGUAUAUUUGGAGGCAUCCGUGGAAGAGAGGGCCAUUCGCAGAGAGAAAGAAAGAUCAAAAGAUCAGGACGGUCAAAAUGAUCAGAAUCUAGAGGAAAUUGAACAGGAAAUUAAGGAGCGGGACUAUCUUGACUCUACUAGAGAGAUAUCUCCACUGGUCAAGCCUUUGGAUGCAGUUGUUGUAGACAAUACAAGCUUAACAGUUGAAGAAACAGUAAAGAAGAUUCAAAAGAUAGUUGCACAGAGAAUGAGAAUGUAA